UGACGGCGACCACCCAACCAGCCAGCCGCUCCACUCAUCAAGAGGGUUCACGCCGUGAACUAGUCUGUCUGCCGUCGUAGCCGCAGGCCGCAGCGCGCUAACCAUCAUCGAUCUCCACGGCCGCCACAUGCAGGGAGGCGGCGGCGUGAGCUGCGCGGUGGCCGGCGAGGCGCCGACGCCCGGGCCGCCGCACCACCGGCACCGCGUGGGCGCGGGGGGCCGGCUGGGCCUGACCAUCGACCCGGCGGGCGGCGACGACGGGGAGGCCCCCGCGGAGCGGAUCGGGCGGCUGGUCCGGGAGAGCCCCGUGGUAAUCUUCGCCCGGCGCGGGUGCUGCAUGUGCCACGUGAUGCGGCAGCUGCUGGCGGCCGUGGGCGCGCACGCCACGGUGAUCGAGGUGGAGGAGGCCGCCGAGGAGGAGGCCGCCGCGUCCGCCGCCGCCGCCGCCGCCGUCCCCGCGCUCUUCGUCGGCGGCGCCCCCGUCGGCGGGCUCGACGGCCUCAUGGGCCUCCACCUCAGCGGCCUCCUCGUCCCCCGGCUCCGCGAGGUCGGCGCGCUCUGCGGCUAGUAGAGCCAGCGUCGCCGGAGCCGGAGCGCGCGCGUGCAACCCGUCGUCGUCGUCGUCGUCGUCGUCACUUGCUGCUGCUGCUGGUGGUGGUCUCUGUAGAUACACGGGUACGUUACGUUACGUAAUUUAGGGGAAGCCGAGGGGGGUUGGAGCGAAAUGGCCGUGUGAGUGACGUUAAUAAGACGUCGUCGUUUGGUUGCUAGCUGUACUUGGAGUGUACGAGUUGGUUCUGUGCUUUGCUUUGCUGUGGUGGGGCGGCUGGGGUGAGAGGGUUGGGUAAAGUUGAGGAGUUAUGUAAGAAAUGUCUGGGUCUAAAUGUAAUUAAUACGUUUUUUUUUUCCUGCACAAGUUUGUUAAUUUUGUCUCAA